AUGUCCGUGAUUCUCGCAUCUGCUGGCUAUGACCAUACAAUUCGUUUUUGGGAGGCGCUAACAGGAGUAUGCUCCCGAACUAUUCAGCAUCCUGACUCGCAGGUCAACAGGCUCGAAAUCUCGUCAGAUAAGCGUUUCCUGGCCGCAGCGGGUCAUCUCAACGUGCGUCUCUACGAUAUCCGGACGACGAAUCCUAACCCAGUUACUUCUUUCGAAGGCCAUCGCGGCAACGUCACGUCUAUCGCAUUUCAGCAAGAAAACAAAUGGAUGGUUUCGUCCAGCGAGGAUGGAACUAUCAAGGUUUGGGACGUGCGCGCGCCAUCUGUACAACGAAGCUAUAAGCACCAUGCCGCUGUUAACGAGGUUUUAAUCCACCCGAACCAAGGUGAGCUUAUCUCGUGCGACCAAGAUGGAAACAUCCGGAUUUGGGAUUUGGGCGAAAACCAGUGCGUUCACCAGCUCACCCCAGAAGACGACACGCCAUUGCAAUCUCUUUCGGUGGCCAGUGACGGCUCCAUGUUAGUAGCGGGCAACAACAAGGGUAAUUGCUACGUGUGGCAAAUGCCUAAUCAGACCGACUCUGCAAAGCCGAAGCCAGUAACUAAGUUCCGGUCUCAUGCGAAAUACAUAACGCGAGUACUGUUAUCCUCAGACGUCAAACAUCUGGCUACUUGCUCCGCAGAUCACACGGCUCGCGUUUGGUCCAUUGAUGAUAACUUUCAGCUCGAGACUACGCUCGACGGUCACCAGAGGUGGGUCUGGGACUGCGCUUUUAGCGCUGAUUCCGCAUAUCUGGUUACAGCUUGCUCAGACCACUAUGUAAGACUAUGGGACCUGUCAACAAGAGAAAUAGUUAGACAGUAUGGUGGGCACCACAAGGGCGCUAUAUGUGUUGCGCUUAAUGACGUUUAA